UUACUUUUACUUUUAGUCUUGGUCGAUUGUGAAAAAUCGGAUUGCAGUUUUCAAGUUCUCAUUUCAGAUUUCUAUUAUUUGUCUAAUAAAAUAAAUUUAUCACAAAAAACACCACAAUGAACGACAACGAAAAAGAAGAGGCUGCAAAUUUGAAAGAGGAGUUUGAAUGGGUUCUCCGUGAGGAAGUUCACGCUAUAUUACAUCAGCUCCAUUCAGUAUUAGUGGAAUGUGCUCAUCGCUUCCCAGUUCCACUAUAUGGCAAUGAAGGGCAGAAACAAGAUAAAUUUAUAUUAACAUCUCAGCCUGAACAGCUGAAAUGUAUUGUUACCCUCACAGGCGACAGUAUCACUCAUGCAGAUAUUAGUUUCAAGGUCUUAAGACAGAUGCACACUAUAUGCCGGACGUCCAUUAAUCAAGAUGGACCCUGGAAGCUUCAACAAAUCCAAGAUGCAGCCAAUCAUCUGCAACAGGCCAUUGGUUACAUUGAUAAUGUUGAUAAGCAUUAUAUUUUCAGAUCAUCUGAGGAAGUAUUGCACAUCAUACAGUGUUUAAUCGGCUCUCUACAGAGGGCGCGCACAGCUUUAGUACUGCCCAAGAAAAAAACAAUCGACGAGCUUAUGAAGAGUCGAAAUAUGAAGGCCCUCUCACCAAACCUACCAGAAGACUUGGCUAUAUCGUUCUACAUACAGUCCCACAAGCUGAUAUUUGUCGCAUACCAGUUGAGUUCAGUUCACGGGACGAUGAGGAUCGACUCGUGUCAAGCGGACUGUGCUGUUCCCUGGCUGAGUGAUGUGCUGUUCAUGUUGACAGCUGCAUUGCACAUGUGUCAACAGCUUAAAGACAAGUUGUGCGUGUUCUCUCAAUAUAAGGAUUUCACCGUUGGAUCAAGAUCUGCGUCUAUGGUGUUAAAUUAGAUAUUAAAUUCCCUUCGCCUAGUCCAAUUACACUUUGUCAACAUAGUUACGGGCAAUUAGUUGCAUGGUUACCUUUCUGUGCGUUAAUUACAGUCCAUUGUCGUUAUUAGCGUUCAUAUUCAUUAUUCAUAUUCAACUCACGGUUGAGCAUGACUUUUUAUUACAUCUAUGUAUUUCGUCAGGAUAUGUUGUUCUUCACCAAAUAGGGAUCUAGGAGACUUUUCCUUCCUUUUCCGAACUUUAAAAUGUCGUUUUCUGUAAUCACAGCAAUAGUUCCUACAAUUUACGCAUUCAAAUUUAUAAACGUUUUGGUUUUAUGAAAGUAUUGUUAAAAAAAAUGUUCAUUUCACUUAGAGAUUUUUAUAAAUAGAUGGAAGUGAAAGUUGCCUUUUUUUGACAUAUAUUAUUAAUCUCUCUCUUUAAAUAAAAUGUUGCGUUAGGAUCUUGGGUUUUGGUAUUUAGAUUCAAUUGAGUCAUUGAGAUAUUAACAGUUUUUGUUCUAGUAAAACCGACUAACGUCAGACACCAAUGACACACAUUUGUCUAUUCAUAUUCAUAUUAUUGUUAAGAAUUCCUCUUCAGAAUUUAUUGUUAUAAGAUAUUCAAUGGGAAACAAUUACGUGUAAAUGUCUACUUGUUAUGCAGACACUCAAGUGACAUAAGCAUACGCUAAUCCCGAUAAUGGACUGUUUAUUUAAUAUCAGGGUGUCCACAUUCUAGAAAGUCAGAGAAGUUAAUUAAAAGUCAGAGGAGUUCAAGUUGGUUAGCGUAGCAUAGUGGUGAGUCCAUAUAAUAUCAGUGACCACAUUCUAGAAAUUCAGGCAAUUCCAGUAAAAGUCAGGAUAUUUCAAGCUGGUUAGCAUAGGUUAAUCUUGAUAGUGGACUGUUUACAUAAUAUCAGAGUGUCCACAUUCUAGGAAGUCAGGAGAUUUAGGUAAAAGUCAGGGGGUUUCAAGUUGUUUAGCAUAAGUUAAUCCCGAUAGUGGACUGUUUACGUAAUAUCAGAGUGUCCGCAUUAUAGAAAGAGAGGGAUUUAGAAAACAAUCAGGGGAGUUCAAGUUGGUUAGCAUAUCCUGAUUCGGAUAGCAGACUGUUGACAUAAUAUCAGAGUGUCCACAUUCUAGAAAGUCAGGGGAUUUAGGUAAAAGUCAGGGGAUUUCGAGUUGUUUAGCAUAAGUUAAUAGUGGACUGUUUACAUAAUAACAGAGUGUCUGCAUUCUAGAAACAGAGGGAUUUAGAAAACAAUCAGGGGAGUUCAAGUUGGUUAGCAUAUUUAUGCUGAUCCCGACAGUGGACAGUUCACAUAAUAUCAACUGUGUCCACAUUCUAGAAAGUCAGGGAAAUCUGGUAAAAUUCAGGGGAUUUCAAGUUAGUUAGAAUACGUAAAUCUUGAUUGUGUUCACAUAAUAUCAGAGUGUCCACAUCCUAGAAAGUCAGGGGAUUUAGGUAAAAGUCAGGGGAAAUCAAGUUGGUUAAUGAAAUUGACGCCCCUGAAAGUCUUCAAAGGAAACAAAAUAAUCAUUUUAAAAUGUCUUAACAACCAUACUCGUAUGAAGUAAGCUGAAAGUCAAGAGAAGUUUUAGGUUAUUGAAAGUAGAUACCCUGAAUAUUAAAAGCAAACUUGUAGAACUUAAAAUUUAACUUUGCCCAAUUUGGGUGAUGUUUAUAUAUCUAUUCCUCUUCCAAUAAUUCUUUCAAUACGAAUUAGAUAAAGUAGUAUUUACGCGCAUUUAAAAAAUCUUCUACUUAUAUAAUUUGUUGCAUUGCAUUGAUGGUUAAAUUCCAGUUUCGGUAAUUACUAUUUACGAAGUCCCAGUAUUAUUUAAUAUUUAUUUCGAUGGCAAAAAAUGCAAUGCAACAGUAUAGUUAGCCUUAUUCUUCCAAUGUUAGUUAAUUUAUUUGCUUUACGUGACUUUUCCUAUCUAUUAGUGCCGAUACAAAACAAAUAAAAGCGGCUAUGUUGAUAAGUGUAAAAAUAAACAAACACAAUGUAUUGUUUGUUUAAAAAAAGUUAUUAUGUCCAAUAAUUGUUGAUAUUCUUGUUGACUUUGUUGUAAUAUUUGUACCAUAAUGUACAUUCUAGGUCAUAGGGGUUUAUCUAGAUUUUUUUACAUCCUCACAUUCAGUGUUCUAGUACAAGCGCUGUAGGGCUGAGACAUAUGUCGUAAAGAGAACAAGAAAAAGACAUGAUCGACCAAUAACGGCUGAACCGAAAUAUAUAGCUUUCUCUUAUAGCGAUAUUUCCGGUUCUACGCUAUUGGUCCACAAUGUCGUGUCCUCUUCACGAUAUAUGUCGUGGCGCCUAUCUUAGGACUACUGACGUCGCACUCAUAAUGACACUUUGUGGCAGGCGUCCACAGAACCGCAUAAUAUCGGACGCAUCGCAUCAAACGGAUUUUAGUAUUCUCUGUAUAGAAAGUCCUAGAAGUGCGCCCACUGAUCCGCAUCGUACUGAUCGCAUCGAAGGUUUAACUUAUAUCUAUAGUACGAUUAUUAAUUCCAGUCAGUAAAAUGACAAGUGCAACUCACUGAAAUAUCAUUUUAUUGAUUGGAAUUAAUAAUCUUAGGUAAGACUAGCGGACGCCCGCGACUUCGUUCGCGUGAAAGUCGUUGUAAACUUUCAACUACCCUUAUCCUACCCUACCCUAACCUACCUCUACCCUACCCCAACCCUACCCUACCACUAUCCUACCCCUACCCUACCCCUAACUUUACCCCUACCCUACCCCUACCCUACCCCUACCCUACUCAUUAAGGCUGCACUUCUUUAUUUAUUCCUCCCACCGCGAGUCGCGUCGAGCGCGGCAACCUUUACACAAAAAUAAUCCUUAAAGUCCUUAAAGCAUGAAUUAGUAUUCACGCGCGAUGGCUUAGCGUAUUUCAUGUAUAACUUUGGUGUUUCUUUACCGAUUCUUAUGAUUCUUUUUUUAUUGUAUUGGUAAUAAUGUUAACUUUCUUAUUAGGGAUAAGUGAUGAGUGUUAUAAACAUAAGAGUAGACAAAUAUAAUUAGAAAGCUCCGAACUGCUAAGCUAUCGGGAGUUACACGUGUUAUUGUGAGUCAACCAUAAAAGAUAGACAUAUAUAUGCUGUUGUGAUUUUAUAGAUAAUUUUAAGGAAAACAUUUCCGUCAUACAUGAUUUCUAUGUAGCUUUAACCAUUAAGGCUGUACACGCGACGGAAGCUUAAAAAAUUGAGUAACUUCUCCCGUUUUCUCAACAUUUCUCUUCACUGCUCUGCUCCUAUUGAUCGUAGCGUAAUGAAAAGUAUACUAUAACCUGCCCAGGAGUAUGUUGAAUAAUUGUACCAAGUUUCGUUAAAAUCCGUUAAGUAGUUUUUGUUUCUAUAAAGAACAUACAGACAGACAGACAGACAGACAGACAAAAAUUUUACUGAUUGCAUUUUUGGCAUCAGUAUCGAUCAAUUAUCACCCCCUGAUAGUUAUUUUGGAAAUAUAUUUCAUGUACAGAAUUGACCUCACUACAGAUUUAUUAUAAGUAUAGAUUAAUCGUAUAUGUACGAUUAUUAUUAAUUCCAGUCAGUAAAAUGACAUUUCAGUGAAAGGUGCACUUAUCAUUUUAGUGACUGGAAUUAAAAAUCGUACUAUUACGAAAAUUAAAAAUCCGUUUGAUGCGGUGCGUUAGAUACGUACGAUGCUGAUAUGUGGACGCCUGCCUUUGUGGUCAUUAACAGAUACUACACUAGCACAGUGUAUUUGUGUUGAGGUUGAAAUAAUCUAGAUAUAAUAGAAGAUAUGGGAUGGUGUAACAUAAUGUAAUGUGAGUUUACACAUCCAAAAAAUAGAUUUUCUAAAAAAUACUACCCGGUACUUUAGUUCUGAUAUUAUUGCAUGUUGCGAUUAUUUUAAAUUAAUUUAUGAAAUAAAAAUGUAGCAUUUUUUUUUGGAAUUGUUGGUAUAUUUUUUGUUGUUUCCGAAACAACUGUAUUAAGUUAAAAACGGCUAUACAUUUUAAAUUGAGAAAAUUGCAUACCAAUUUAUUUUCAAGAUUAUUUAUAGUUUGAAAUGAGAAUCUAAAUAUUUUUAGUAAUUUAAAAGUGGUCAGAAACAUGAUGUUUUGGAUUUGUGCAAAAAUUAUUAAAAAAAUUGUAUGGUGGUUGUCAUUUACAUUUUUUUUAUGAUAUAUGUCAAGGUAUAUAUUUGUACAAACAUAAGAAAUAUAUCCAUCAUGAAGAUGUGAUAAAGUUAUGUGGCAUUGUUAAUUAUCUGUCUAUUUGGCAUCCUCAGUGUGUAUCGUAUGGGAUUUAAAUAUAGAUUUAGAGAAAUAAUAAGAUCUAAAUAAAUGCUUCUAUUUUUUAAUUUUUUUUGUUCACUGAAUUUGAUUGAUGGUUCAAAUUUUAUGGAACUGUCAUAAUAUAUGUAUGCAUGUGAAACGCAUUAUGAAGAGAAAAUUAUUUAUUAUUUAUAUUCCAUGUUUAUUUUCUAUAUAUAGCUGUAAUUUUUAUAGCUAUGUCAUUAAACCUACCAUACUGGUAUGCAGAGGUAUAAAUCAUUUUGGCCGCUAUCAGUUUUGCGUGUACCGCAUUCAUUGUUGAUACAUACUUCUUUUUUUUAAUGAGUUGAUUAUGGGAAAUAGUGUAAUUAACUUAUAAUUGAAUGUACUGCUGUUACGUUACUGUGUAUUGGUUUGCUUUGAGUUGGGUAGUGCUAUGCUUCAGGUAGCUGCAUACUAAACGGGGUUAGGACCCAUGACGUAUAUAUAUAUGUAGUUAUAUGUACAGUAUUCCCUUUCUUAUAUAUUUUGUAUUUUUUUUUGGUUUAGCAGGCCCUUCGUGGUUUCGCCCGCGUAGUUCCUGUUCUCGUGCGAUGUGGCUUUCGAUUGGUAAAAGAAUUUUCAAAAUCCGUUCAGUAGACCAGUAGUAGGUCCAAAGAUUACCUCCAACAACCUCACAGCCUCCCAAUCUUUACAUUAUUAUAUUAUUACUAGCUGACGCCUCGCGGUUUCACCCGCGUGGUUCCCGUUCCCGUAGGAAUACGGAGAUAAUAAAUAGCCUAUAGCCUUCCUCGAUAAAUGGGCUAUCUAACACUGAAAGAAUUUUUCAAAUCGGUAGUUCCUCAGAUUAGCGCGUUCAAUCAAAGAAACAAACUAACAAACUCUUCAGCUUUAUAAUAUUAGUAUAGAUUAUUUAUACCAUAUAACAAUAUUGACAUAUAUUUCCAAAAGUUGUCGUCUUGUAAUGUUUGAGUUUCAGUUUUUGAGACAUUAUGUAUGCAGCAAGCUUUAUUUCCUAUGUAUGCAGCUUUUGGUUAGUUUUAAGUAGUUCACAAGCAGUCAAGUUUUAAUUUCGCUUUAAAUUAGAUUGAAAUUGAAUCAACCUUCUAUUGGCUGAAAACGAGGCUAUAUCAUUAUUUUGUAUUCUGUGGCUUAAAUAUAAAAAAAAAACUUUUGUAAUUAGCGACGUUUUGUAACGGUAUUGGAACGUCAUCUUUAUGUGUAGUCUAGUUAGAUUAACAAUAUUUUAUUUAUUAUGGGAAUAUCAACCUAUCAUGAUGUAAAGCUGGUUGCCGAUUGUAAGUCGGUUUACUGUUUUCUAUACAUGUUCAUUGCAUUAAUGCGAAUGAAUUGAAACUUCAGAAUGAAUAAAAACUUCAGAAUGAAUUGAAACUUCAGAAGAAUUUAAACUUCAGUUAGUUCUAAGAGAACUAAGCUAAGUGUUCAGGUUGGACAGAGAGCCAAUCAGCUAAAAUUACGUCAGGUGUUGAAGUUCCAUUAUCAUAUUUAGUAUCACUUUUUGUGUUAGAUGUGAUAGAUCUGAAUACUUACAAUAUACCAUUAUACAUAUUAUAUUUAUUGUUGUAUGUUUAGUACUAUUUAGUUACAACAGUUUAGUCGAGUAUAAAGAUUCUCUAAAAUUCGGCCGCUCAGUGAUUGCGUUUCUGACAGGUCGUGAUCGAAUGGGACGAUCAUAUUCAGUUACAAUUGCCUCGUUUUUGUCUCAUCACUACAAAGACAAACAGUUGCAUAACCUUGGAACAGCGCAGUUCAACAACCUUGUAUGCCGGUUCAAACUUACAUCGCCCAUUCGAUCAUGACCUGUCAGAAACGCAAUUUCUGAGCGUCCGGACAUUAAUUUAUUUUAUUGUGUACUAUGAAUCUAUGACUAUGAGUAUGAUGAGAUAUUUAUACGCUUUAAGACUUAUUGUAAAAUCUUAUUCAGUCUACUUUGGUGCUUAACGUCACAAAUGUUGUUAUGUAUGUACUGCAAAUAACUAUGUAUUCAAACUAUGCACUAUCUAUAAAAUUAAUAUUUACAGUAAUAAAUAAUUAUUAUAUAAAUGUAAAUACACCAAAGUAUUUAUACGUAACACAAGUAACCUAUGUUGCGAAGAUAAUUUUAUCACUGGACUGUUUUAAUGUUUUUUUUACUGCCCCAGUUAAAGGAUGAUAAAACUCUCAAAAUAAAACUUUUAAUAACUUAAACCUAAGAUUAUUUUAAUUUAUAUGAAACCUUCAAAACCUAUCUCUGAGGGGCAAUGAAAAAUAAGCACAUGAGUUUUAUCAUCUAAUUAUUCGACAAACGAUCUAUCUAACAAAUGUAAUUGUUGAUCAAUUAGAGACUACCACGGACUAAUAUUUUUCUAGAUGUCGCGUGUUUAUUAGUGUGAAUUCCAAGUGUGUCUUUUUUUGUUACUUAAGUUUAUUUAGUGAUGUUAAACAAAAUGAUUUUGAACGCCACGCGUCAGUAGGAAUGAUCAAUAUUAUGAAAAAAACGAUGUUAUUAAUCGAUUUAAAAAUUAAAAUAGAAUGAAAUCCCCUACAUAUAGCACAUCCGUGGAGACUACAAUAUUUUCGCUUUCUUUUUGUGCAAAAUGGAGUAAAAAUAAUUAAUUAUCUGUAUAGAAUAAAAAGAUGCAUUUUAUAAUAAUAGGUAAAAUAAAAAGGCGCAUAAAAUGUGAUAAUAUUUUGUAAGCAAUGAAAAAUCUUAAUAAAACAUUAAUCUUAAUUGAAUUAAAUGAAGAUUGUAUGAUUCAUACCAAUUUGUCACUACAAUAAACAGCACAUUGGAAUUUACUUCAUUAUGUUUUAUUGUUUAAGUAAUAUUAUAAGAAUAAUAAAAUUCAGAAUAUUUAAUGUUUUACGAAGGAAUUGGAUAAUAUUAACGAUAUUAUACUAAUUGAUAUUUGUAUAAAAAGCACCUAAUAAUAUUUUUAAUUGUUCAAGCACCUACUGAAAGUGUAUCAUAUAGUAUCUAAUAGUACCUAAAUCAUUAUGUGAAUGCUUUUUAUCUCAAAUUAUUAUUUAAUCUUAUUAUAACAUUUUUAAUUAUUGUAAACCGUUAAAUUACUAUGAGACGUAUACAUAAAAAUAACAAUUAAAGUGAGUUUCUGUUUCCUAAGUAAAUCCUCAUACAUUGUUAUACGUACAAAUACAUAACAGGUAAAAGUCGGCGCUUCAUAAUAUUAUUAUUUAUUUGACACGUUUGACAAUAAAAUAAUUAUGUAGUAUUACUAAAAUAAGUAAGUAGUGUAAAAAUGUAUUAUUGCAUGAAAGUUCUCGUGGUCGUGUUGUAUUUCAAUAAAAUGAAAUGCUGUUA